UAUGAAUGGAGAAGAAGAAGAAGAAUUUGAAGCAGCACUAAGAAAGCUAAGAGGGAAACAUGCUGACAUUUCAUAUGAAAGGUCCACUAUACAAGAGUAUUUGACCAUUCUUCAAACGCUCCCCAAAGUCACAUUUCUAAACUUGUUCGACAGAUCCAAUUAUCGAGCAGUUAUUAUAUCUGUUGGGUUGAUGGCGUUCCAGCAGUUUGUGGGAAUUAACGGAAUUGUUUUCUAUUCUACUGAAAUUUUCAAAUCAGCAGGUUUUAAUCCCCGUCUUGGAACGAUACUUUUUGGCGUCCUACAGGUGGGAGUCACUGCAGGGGGUGCACUUUUGAUAGAUAGAACUGGUAGAAGACCCCUUCUAAUGAUGUCUGCGUCUGGCUUGCUGUUGGGGAAUCUACUAAUUGCAUUUUCAUUCUUUUUCAAGGCUCAUUCUGUGGCACCAACUUUAGUCCCCAACCUUGCAAUUCUUGGCGUUUUGGUGUACAUAGCCUUCUUUUCAAUAGGAAUGGGGGCAGGUCCUUGGCUCAUUAUGAGUGAGGUAUUUCCAUUACAUGUAAAGGGAUUAGGCGGGGGUUUAGUGACAUUGAUGAAUUGGUUUGAUUCUUGGGUUAUUUCUUACACCUUCAACUUUCUCAUGUUGUGGAGUUCCCAUGAUCCAAGCACUGGUCCCAGCGAAGUCUCGAGAGCUGCUUAGUUUGGAUAUUUGGGAGCCUUGAGGGAAAUUCUCGAGGUUGUUGGAGACAAGUUGGGCACACGAGCGCUAGCAAAGGAGAGCAGCCUGGGCGAGUGUCAGCAAAGGGUGGUGGGAAGCGGGGCGUGAGCGUACAACUACAUCAAGUACAACAAAUCAAUCACAGGUUUUGUUCUUGGGAGUUGGUACCUCCUAUUUUACUGUUUCCCUUUUGGUGUUAGCAAACUUGAUGUUACAAUAGUUCGCAAUAGUUCAAUCAUUCAACUAGUGUGCUAGUAGUCACUUGUUUCCUUCUAGUUUGAUUCGUUGUCCAUUGUGCACUAGCGAGUCUUCUUUAGAUUGUCGUAGGUGUAGUGGUUGUAGUCUGGGAUGAUAGA